GUUUGAGCCACAUGAGGUUGUUGGUAAGCUAUUGAUUUUGAAGAAAUGCCCUGCAAGUGAGGUCUAAACUAGAGUUGUGUCCGGUUCAAGGAAGUUAAAAAAUAAGAUGGCCUCUUUGAUGUUUAAAGAUGCUUUCUGGGGGUCUGAUUUCACGUGUCACAUUGGAUAUGAAACUGUGAUCCAAAGGUUACGAGAUGGAAGGCAAAUGUGCAAAGACAUGGAGGAGCUUUUGAAGAUGAGGGCACUAGCAGAGGAAAAGUAUGGAAAGGAACUGGUGACCAUUGCUCGCAAAGCUGGAGGACACAUGGAGAUCAGCACUUUGAGGGCAUCGUUUGAGCAACUGAAAACUCAAAUUGAGCACAUUGGAAACUUUCACAUCCAACUAUCUGAUAUAUUGAAAGAGGAGGUGAAAAAGAUUGAGACUUUCAGAGAACGUCAGAAAGAGCAGAGGAAGAAGUUUGAAAGCAUCAUGGAGAAGGUUCAAAAGAAAAUGGUUUCUUUUUUCAAGAAGACCAUGGAGUCAAAGAAGAAUUAUGAGUUGAAGUGCAGGGAGGCCGACGAGGUGGAGCAGGUUGCUGAGAAAACAAAUGCUACAUCCAAAAACCCUGAAAAGGUGCGUCACAGGAUAAAGCAAUGCAGACAGACAGCCAGUGAAGCCGAGAAGGUGUAUUUUAACAACAUUGUUCAACUAGAAGCUGUUCGUCAGGACUGGGAGGAAACACACAAAAGUACAUGUGAGGUGUUCCAGCAACUGGAGGGAGAUCGCAUCAGCAUGCUCAGGUGUUCUCUCUGGGACCACUGCAAUCAUUUCUCCAUGCAAUGUGUCAAAGUUGAUGAGUGUUACGAGGAGGUGAGGAAGUUUCUGGAAGAGUGUGACAUUACCAAAGACAACGACUGUUUCAUAGAAAUGAAAGGCACUGGAUCAAAGCCACCAGAGCCCGUAGUGUUUGAAAGCUAUUACAAGAUGGGGACAGUCAGGGACAACAAUGGCCAAGCUCAUUUUACAGGAGAAGAUGUGACAAAGAGGUGCUCUGACCCCCUGCUCGGAAACUCUUUGAGCAUUAACAUGGACGGUCCUCUCAGCCCGCGAUCUACACUGUCAUCCACUGAAGACUUUGAGAUUUCCAGUGAAGGAUAUACACCCCUUCCAUAUAUUCACCAAGAGGCACCAUUGGCCACACUUCCAGCUGAUGAAGCCUUCUAUGUUGUGCUUUAUCAAUACACUGCACAGGAAGAAGAUGAGCUAUCUGUGAGCCGAGGGGAUGUGGUUCGGGUGCUGGAACAAGAACCAAAUGGGUGGUGGAUGGUGGAGAGGAGUGGGCUGACUGGAGUGGUGCCAGGAAACUAUCUAGGCAAAAUUUAA